CAGCCGUGUCCCUGAUGUCCCCUGUGUCCCCAGCCAUGGCCGAGUACCGCAGUCUGCUGGAGGAGCUGGCCCAGAACAUCACGGCCGAGGACCUGGAGCAGCUCAAGUCCGCGUGUCGCGAGGACAUCCCCAGCGGGGAGGGGGACGCCAUCGCCACCGGCCACCACUGGUUCGCCUUCCUGGAGCGCCACAGCAAACUGGACCGAGACAACCUGUCCUACAUCGAGCACAUCUUCGAGAUCUCGCGCCGGCCGGACCUGCUGACCAAGGUUGUCCAGUACCGCACGCAGGUGCUCAAGAUCUCCGAGGAGGACGAGGUGGACACGAAGCUCACGCGCAUCCCCAGCGCCAAGAAGUACAAGGGUGAGACCCCUCCCCAAAAUAAAACCGGGACAGGGACGGCCGGGGACCCCCAGGGACGGGGACAGCUGGGGACCCCCACGGACAGCCAGGGACCCCCAGGGAAAGGGACAGCCAGAGACCCCCAGACACAGUCGGGGACAGGAAGAGGGACAGCCGGGGAUCCCCAGGACACCCGGACCCCCAGGGACAGCUGGGGACCCCCAGGGACAGCCGGGGACCCCCAGAACAGCCGGGGACCCCCAAUUAACCCAAUUAUCCCCGGGAAGAGUUGGAGCCCCCCCCCCAUUAUCCCAAGGCUGUGACAGGGAUGCCAAGGGGGGUUAAAGACCCCCCCAGAAGAGUUGGGGACCCCCGGGCAGGGCUGGAGACCCCCAGGAAGAGCUGGAGAGCCCCAGACAGGAUUGGGGACCCUCAGGAAGAGCUGGAGACCCCCCCAAGAAGGGCUGGGGACCCCCAGACAGGGUUGGGGACCCCCAGGAAGGGCUGGGGACCCCCCCAGGAAAGGCUGGGGACCCCUGCACAGAAUUGGGGACCCCCGGGCAGAAUUGGAGACCCCCAGGAAGGGUUGGAGACCCCCGGACAGGAUUGGAGACCCCCCCCAGGAAGGGCUGGAGACCCCCGGGCAGGGUUGAGGACCCCUAGGAAGGGCUGGGGACCCCCCCAGGAAGGGCUGGAGACCCCCGCCCAGAAUUGGGGACCCCCGGGCGGAAUUGGAGACCCCUGGGCAGGGCUGGGGACCCCCGCCCAGAAUUGGGGACCCCCGGGCGGAAUUGGAGACCCCCAGGAAGGGCUGGAGACCCCCCCAGGAAAGGCUGGGGACCCCCCCCAGAAUUGGGGACACCCGGACAGAGUUGAGGACCCCCAGGAGGGUCUGGAGACCCCCAGGAAGGGCUGGGGACCCCUGCCCAGAACUGGGGACCCCCGGGCGGAAU